CACCUAAAUCUUUAGCUGAACAAUUUUUUAAAGAAGAUUGUUGUACAUAUUUGGAUGCACUUGAAUGGGAACAAGAUCAUCCAGAACAAGCCGAAAAUCUUGCUUUUCCUGCACAUGUAGCUGCAUAUAAUGGAGAUUUUGAACAUGUUAAAUUAUUAAUUGAACAAGGUGUUGUUAAUAUAAAUGAACGUGAUGAACGUGGUGCUACAUUAGCACAUAAAGCAGCUGGUCAAGGACAUUUAAAAAUUCUUCAAUGGUUAAUUGAAAUGGGUGCAUCAAUGGAAUUAACAACUCAAAGUGGUGAAACACCAAAAGAUGUAGCAAGACGUUUUGGUCAAUUAGCAUGUUUAAAAAUCUUAGGUGGUGAUGCUGAUAAAACUGAAACAAAUCAAAAACGUCAUCAAAAUGAAUCAACAAAACAAGAUCAUCGAAGAAAAUUAACACCUAAAGAAGAAGAACGUUUACGUGCAAAAACUAAACUUGAUCAAUUAGAAAAACAAGUUGAUAUAGCAAAAAAAAAUUAUCGACAAUUAGGUGGACAACUAGAUGAUGAUCAAAAACAUGAAACAAUGGAACAAAUUUCACAAAAAAAAAUUGAAGAACUUGAAAAUCAAUUAGAAUUUGAAAGACUUAAAAGAGAAAAACGUGAAUCAGAAUUAGAUGAAUGUCGAAAUGAAAUUGUUCGUCUUGUUGCUGCUUUACGAACAUAUGAAGAUAAAAUGCGACAUUUACAACAAAGACCACCAAGUGGAAUAUUUGAACAAAAAACUAAAAAAUCAUUAUCAGCUUCAAACAAACGACAAAAACGUAUAGAAAAAGAAACAGGACUUGUAUUUAUGCGUGGAAAUUCACUGAAUUCUUAA